AUGGCUACCCAUGAUGGGAGGGUGAGCUCCGGAUCCCAGAGACCCUGCCAGGGGCCAAAGGGGAGCAGGGCCUGCCUAGGUUCCCUGGACAGCCUGGAGUGGAAGGAGAUCCAGGAGCAGGCACCAGGCCAGCUGGCUAUGCUGAGGAAGGCACAGGAGUUCUUCCAGACCUGCGACGCCGAGGGCAAGGGCUUCAUUGCCAGGAGGGAUCUGCAGAGGCUCCAUAAGGAGUUGCCCCUCAGCCUGGAGGAACUGGAGGAUGUGUUUGAUGCCCUGGAUACUGAUGGCAAUGGCUUUCUGACCCCAGAGGAGUUCACUUCUGGAUUUAGUCACUUCUUCUACAGCCAGAAUAACCCAUGUCAGGAAGACGCAGGCGAACCAGCAGCCCAGCUGCAAGGAGAGAACGUGUAUCAGUCCAGAGGGGAGGAGUAUCUGGGAGACAUGGACGAAGAUGAGGAAGCCCAGUUCCAGAUGCUGAUGGACAACCUUGGAGCCCAAAAGGUUUUAGAAGAUGAAAGCGACGUCAGGCAACUCUGGCUGCAGCUGAAGAAGGACGAACCUCACUUACUGUCCAACUUCGAGGAUUUCCUGACCAGAAUCUUCUCCCAGCUCCAAGAAGCCCACGAGGAGAAGAACGAACUGGAGUGUGCCCUAAAAAAGAAAAUUGCUGCUUAUGAUGAAGAAAUCCAGCAUCUCUAUGAGGAGAUGGAACAACAGAUCAAAAGCGAGAAGGAGCAGUUUCUCCUGAAAGACACGGAGAGGUUUCAGGCCCUCAGUCGGGAGCUGGAACAGAAACUGUUAUCUAAGGAGCAGGAACUGGAGCAGCUCAUCCAGAAGCAAAAGAGGCUGGAAGGCCAGUGCACAGCCCUGCAUAGCGACAAGCACGAAACCAAGGCUGAGAACACCAAGCUGAAGCUCGCGAACCAGGAGCUGGCCCAGGAGCUGGAGCGGACCACCUGGGAGCUCCAGGAUGCUCAGGGGCAGCUGGAAAGCCUGCAGCAAGAGGCCGACAAACUCCACCAGGAGAAGGAGAGGGAAGUGUACCGUGUCACCGAGAGCCUGCAGCGGGAGAAGUCUGGGCUCCUGAAGCAGCUGGAUUUCCUCAGGGAAAGGAACAAGCACCUUCGGGAUGAGCGGGACAUACGUUUUCAGCAAGACAAGGCCUCCAGGGCAAACACAGAUGCUUCCAAAGCAAACUGCAAACAGAGAUCCGGCUCUGUGAUAGGCAAAUACGUGGAUGGCAGAGGGAUUCUCAGAAGGCAGCCCGCGAGCGUUGCUGGGACGCCUGCUCCUCCUGCCUCCUGCCUCCUGCCGCUGCCGGAGGAGCCGCCACGCCCCAAGUCCAAUGCUAACUGCAUUCGGACGCAGAGCAGCCCCCUGCGGGAGCAGCGCCCUCCCACCGCCCUGGACCGCCUCUUCAAGAUCGUGUUUGUGGGCAACUCCGCAGUGGGGAAGACGUCCUUCCUGAGGAGGUUCUGCGAGGACCGCUUCUCCCCAGGCCCGGCAGCCACUGUGGGCAUCGAUUACCGUGUGAAGACAGUGAAUGUGGACGACUGUCGGGUGGCCCUGCAGCUGUGGGACACAGCUGGGCAGGAGAGGUACCGCUGCAUCACGCGGCAGUUCUUCAGAAAGGCCGAUGGUGUCGUCGUCAUGUACGACCUCACAGCCAGGCAGUCGUUCCUGUCGGUCCGGCAGUGGCUGAGCAGUGUGGAGAAUGCUGUGGGAGACCAAGUUCCUGUUCUUCUGCUGGGCAAUAAACUUGACAACGAGAAGGAGCGGGAAGUCCCCCGGGGCCUUGGAGAGCGGCUUGCUAAGGAGAACAAUCUGAUCUUCUAUGAAUGCAGUGCCCAUUCUGGCCACAACACCAAAGAGUCCCUGCUCCAUCUCGCCAGGUUGCUCAAGGAGCAAGAAGACACAGCAAGGAAGGACACCAUUCAGGUUGGCCGCGCUGCCAAGAAGAAAUCCUGCUGUGGCUGA